AGGACAUUACAUUCCGUUAAUAUUUACGGUGCUCGUUUUUACAUGUGUGCAAUGACAGUUUCUUGUAUUUUUAACUGUUUAGGACAAUUCUUUAAACGUAAAACGGCGAGUUCGCUAAGUUAGCAGAGCUGUGUAAGUUAGCAAACUUCCCGACUGCAGUGCCACAUCGUCACAAACUGACAGCAGGGCCGCUCUCACUAUUUUAUUAUUGUAAACGGUCGAGAACCUAUCGAUAAGCUUAUCUCGACUGUCUUGUUGCUUUUCACCCCGUGCAAAGUUCAGGGGUUGAUUUUGGAGAAUGUCAUCAAGAGGCGUAGUCCUCCGUUUGCAAGUUUAAAGAAGGUGACUGGACAAAACUGACUAUUCGAAGCUUCAGCUACAUUUAGAUAAAUUGAUUUCUAGUCAGCCAUGGAUCGGGAGGAAGAUGAAGAGGAGCUGACCGUCGAUGCUCCUAAGGAGGUGGACAUGUUUACAUCAGUGCGUUGCCUCGGUUACCUCUCCAGCAUCAACCUCCUUGUGGCGGUGUGCGUUGGCAUGUACGUGCGAUGGGAGGUGACAGACGAACCCAUGAUCCUGGUCAUCUUCAUCUUGGGCCUCUUCGUGCUGGGAAUUGCCAGUAUCCUCCAUUACUACUUUGCUAUGGAGAAAGCAAGCCAGAGCUUGUUCCGUUUGUGGUUUGGCUUCCUGCUUGGCCUCCAGUGCUUCCUCAACAGCCCUGCCUUGGAUUUAAAUGUCAAAGAACUUGUCGCCAACUAUCUCCUCCUAGCCAGUGUAAUUAUGAAAGCAGUGUGGGCUGUAACUGAGCGAAUAUGCAGCUCCAUUUAUUACAAGCCCACCUUGCUGACGUCAGCUGAGUUACUGGAGCUCUUGGGAUUUGGCAUUGCCAGCACUACCAUGCUUCUUCACAAUUCAGUGGCCAUAAUAGGCUUGAUAGUGGCCCUGGGGGCUCUCAUUGUGGACUUGAGGAUGAAAUCCCUCCUAGCUUUACCUAACCUCAUCGGUUUUGCCUUGGUCACAUCUCUCGUGUUUUUCCAGGCCUUGCGCAUCAUGGCCAACCCUUAUGCUUUAGGCUGCUACCUGGGCAGGCUGCUCUGUGAGCCUGUGCUGGAUGUGUACUUCAGUGGGCUGGGGCCCAGUCAGCGCUGGAUGCCAGUGCUCUCUCUGGGGAGGGUUUGGAGAAGACUGUCCCUGUUUCCCCUGAGUCUGACUGAGCUGGCCUUCUUUGUCCUGGCUGCCUUAAAGCUUGGCCACUUGGAGCUGUGGUAUCUGGUGAUCCCAGGCUUCUGCCUGUUUGGCAUUUUCUGGUCUAUCUGCCACAUAAUUUUGCUGAUCACAAUUUGGGGCUUCCACACCAAGCUAAGUGAGUGUCAGAAGGCCUGGCGAGCCCAGCGGUCCAGCAGCCGGAGCCUGGAGCAGGUCAUGGCCUCCAGGGGCAUCCGACACUUCUGCCUCAUUUCAGAACGCCUGGUGUUCUUCAGUCUGCUCUCAACAGUCAUACUGGCGGCUGUGUCCUGGCAGCCCUCCAACGGUCUCUUUCUCAGCGCUCUGAUGGUGGUGCUGCCUUUGGAGUCUCUGGCCCACGGCCUGUUCCACGAGCUGGGCAGCUGCCUAGGGGGAACCUGUGUUGGCUACGCCCUGGUUAUACCAACCUCUUACUGCAGCGCUGGCGGCCAACCCACUCUCCUGCCUCCUGAGCUGGUGCAGCAGCUGAAUCUACGUUCCACAGGUAUGCUGAACAACAUGCAGCGCCUCUUCUCCCACCACGUGAUCCAGACGUUCGGCUGCGACUACUCCACCAGCGGCGUCACCCUGGAGGCUGUACAAACCAAACUGCGCAACUUUCUGGAGCUUCGUACAGCAGACGGGCCCCGCCAUGACACCUACCUGAUUUUCUACAGCGGACACACACAGAAAGGCUCUGGGGCUUGGGUUCUGGCUGGAGGGGAGUAUUUUCACUUCACCCAGCUUCUGGAGCUGUGGAAAGAGAAAAACGCCGGCCACUGCUCUCGUCUCAUCCUCGUCCUGGACACUGAAAACUCCCUCCCCUGGGUCAAAGAAAUCCGCAGGGUGGAGGGCGUCUAUGUAGCCGUGCAGGGGGCCGAGCUGUCGGCCGUCAUGGUGGACCCCGAGGCCGGAGACACCCCUUUGCUCGGGGACUUCACUUCUGAAUGGGUGGAGUUUAACUGCAACCCUGCCAGCGAGACCCAGUGGUCUGAAAAGGGAAGGACUGUGACGGCCGUCUAUGGCGUGUCCAAACGCUGGAGCGACUACACGCUUCACCUACCAACCGGAAGCGACAUAGCCAAGCACUGGAAGACCCACUUCCCCAAGGCUACAUAUCCCAUGGUGCACCUGUCCAACUGGUGCUGCGGCCUCAACUUGUUCUGGUUCUGUAGCAUGUGUCUGCGCUGCUUCAGGAGGUGUAAACUGGCUUGGUUCCCUCCAGCUGUGUUGGACACCGGUCAGGGCAUUAAACUGGUGCACUCGUAGAUAACAUGGGAGGUUGUUGUAGAAGUUGUGACUCUAGUUUGUGUUAUAGCAGCCAGAGUUUGGUAGGUACAAGGUGUUUACAUUAAAAAUAGCUAUGCUUCUAUACCUACUAUAUCUACUGUAUAUACAUGAGGGAUGCUCAGAGCGUCAUGUUGUCUCCUGACUCAUGACUGUUACUGCUUGCACAUGUUGCAUGUACUUGACAAACAGUAUCUGAAAUUUCUGAUCACCCCUGUAUACACACAAAAACACAAAAUUAGAGUAAAACAACAGCAGGUUUGGCCUUCAGUCAGCAAGAACUCCUUAAGUUUAGGUUUGCAUGAUGUUUAACUGCUAUGAUGCAAGACAUUAUGCCAAGUAUAUCACAGAGAAACUCUAACUAAACAUUUUAUUUGUUGCCCCAGAAUGAAAUUGAAUAAUUCAAGCAAAUUCAGCCUAAAAUAAGAUAUGUAUAUGCACACGCACGUGUUGGAUUUUUUUAAAAAGACCAAAACUUUUUUCAUAGGGAACCUGGGAAAAAUGUGUUAUGUAUUUGUGGCUAUUAUUUUUUUUAAGGUUUAAUUGUUUCAGACCAAAAAAUAUGUCAGAUGUUCUUUCAAUUUCUGUGGGAAGGUUUUCAGAUUAUCUGUUGUCAAAUUGUGCCAUUGUCUCUUUUACAUUAGUGCCUUAAAGAUGGAUCACCUUUAAUGUGGAUGUUUAAUUCUUUUUAUGUGCCAGCCAUAUAUUAUAUCUAUCCAUGCCUUGCCUCUUAUUUAUAUUCAGAGGAUUUAGCAGGCGUCCUUAACCUAAACUGUGAGGCUUCCGACAGAAUGGACAAAAACGACUGUUGUGAGGCUGAACUCGGCGACCGCUCUGGCUGUGGGAAAGUCAAACCACGAGGCCGACCUGCCGCGUUUUGUUGCGGGAUCCUUUACUUGUCACGUUCAAAGUAUUCAAAUAUGCACAUAUUUCUGCACUGAACAAAGAAAUAUGCAUUGGCUAUGAGGCUGCAUAUCAUCCCCAGACACUGGCCCUGUCUCAUCCGGUUUAUUUACAGAAAUUAAUUCAAGUUGAAAAAGCCAUUUGCUUUAUAUAAACAGUGCGGUCAAGUUUUGGAGCAGUUUGUCUUUGCUGUGAAUGAGUAGCUUGUCAUGCAAUGCAGCAAAUUAUAAAAUCUCCCUCUUUUCUUUCUUUUUUUUUGCACUGAAUUUACAAACUCAUCUGUUGUUUUGUAUCUCUCUCUUUCACACAUUCCUAAAUUCUGGAGUGAAUUGCUGCCUUUCAAGAGUUUGUUUCCAAAGAGGUCAAGUUGCAUUAUUGACUUGUACAAUUCCAUGUGCCUUGAUUGUCUUAAAAUAUCAGCGUUAAAGUUGGAUAAUAAACUCAUUAAAACAA